CCCAGCCCUUUGGCAUCACGGAGUAAGAGAAGACCGCGGCGCCGAUGAGUCCGGAUGAAAUCGACAAGGCGAUGGCUUACGAGGCGAGGAAAUUCGCGUCGCACGCUCGCGUUUGGGAAUCUGCGUGGGGCGAAACAUGCGGCUUCUUCACGGACACCACGGCGCUGAGUUCCAUGCAGUUUACACACUAUAUAUCUGGACACAUCUCAAACAAUCAUGCAGCUGGGUCCAGUCCGGAAACCUUGCAGGUCUUCUCCAUCAAACUCAUGGAAAUAGCUGCUGGUCUCGCCUGGCCAUUGGCUGUUUACGGUGUGAUUGCUGUUCGAGACAUCGCGGAUCAUAACCGUAACCUUCUCUUCUGUUGUGAUAGGAGCCAUGCCAAAGAACUCAAUCAAGAUGAUUCUUUUUUGCGCUUAAUUGGGCCAUCACGUGCAAUUGUGUUAACAGACAUAGUUGACAUUGAAAUCCAACUGAAAGUGAAAGGUCCAACAAAGUCUCAAGAUAAAGCGUUGAUCAACCAUGUCUGCAAUUAUGGUGGAGAAGGUCUUGGUGUAUCUACCCUUUGCAUUGAUAAUUGCUUAUGUACACUGGAGUUAUGCUUGCAGCGAGUCAAACGAACGGUCCAGGCUACCAUCUUGAGUGCCCAAGUUGUCAAGUGUGGUUCAUGGCCUUUUGCACAUGGUGGCCGAGUUGCUCAUGCUAUCAAUCCCUCAUCUAGCCAAAUUGUACUGCUUGAAUCAAAAGGUGAAGCAAUGCUGAAAGGUAGGGAUGGUAACAUAUAUCUGCCGAGGCAAGUUAUUUCUGUAGAAACUGAAGGACUGCUGGACGUUGCCAUAGAAGCCUACUCAAAAUCUGGUGAUGUCACUGCACGAGGUCAUGUCUGUUUCGUGCCCCGAUUUUGCAACAUAAGCCAGGAUAAAUGUGCCAUUGCUGAUGUUGAGGUGGUGAUUACUGUUGCUUGGUCCCUUGUCGCUACAAGCAAAAGGGAAAUUGUGGCAGAACGACCGUCUUUUUAAAGCUGAUAGCUAGGAGGGUGUGG